UUUGUAUCCAAUCACAAAUUAACAUGAAAAUACUAAUAUGUAGUCUCUAAAAUAUAACAUAGGCCAUGUAUAAAUCUAAUGUAAUGUAGUUGAUUAGUCUAGCAUGACAUUUUUUAUUUUUCCAACUCAUGAUACCGUAGCAUCUAAAUAGUGGAAUUCCCAAAGUUUGAAUAUGGACGGAGGUGGUACACUCAUCAUCAGUCGAUUGUCGCGCGUGUAUCACCUUCAUUCUCCUACUGCUACUAUUCCAACACAAGCCACAAAAUGAUCUAUGCCACGUAUGUCUUAAAGAGGGUCCUACACUUAUCAAGAGAAGAAAAAUAAGUUAAUUCCAAUAUAUCUAACUGUGCAAUAAAACUCAAUAUAUAUAUACAAAUCCACCCAUUAACUAUGCCACAGAGAUAUCUUCCUCUCUACUUUUUCGCCACCAUCUCUCCCAUCUCUCCUCUCUCUCUUUGAGUUGCGACUAUGUCCGGCGAAAACUGGAUUCGAGUGGCCAUGUCUGACGAUUCCAUGGUGGCGGAGGCGCUUCUUCGGCUCCGCCACUCCGAACCGAAGAAUAGAGUCGACGCGUCCCCUCUCAAGCUGAAAUGGAGCGUGCGUCAACGGAGAUCGAAGAAAGGAGACCAGACGCGAGCAAGCCCCACCACACCGCUUUCCUGGAGCGGUGCCACGUCUCUUAGCGGCGGAGGCGGCAGCGGUGGAAGCGGCGCCGGUGCUACCACCAUGGAAGGCCUCGAGGAGUCUAGCGCCGCCGUAAAACCCUCUGAGCCAUUUAGAUCUAAGAUUUCUCAAACGAGUGCAAUAACAACAACAACAACAACAACCCUUUUCAAGAGAUCAAGAAAGAAGAAGACUUUGGCUGAGCUUAAAGAGGAAGAGAUCAUGCUCUUGAAGGAAAGUAACGGCCUGAAAAAUGAAUUGGCAAAUAUGCGCGAUUUGCUCGAGCAACAAAGAGCAAGAAACACUGCUCUAAAGAAGAUGAAGGCUGAAUCACAAUCUGCCUUAUCGUGCAAACUCACUUUCGAACAAGGUUCUUCCUUCUUGCUCCCUGACCUAAACAUGCCUCUAGAUAACGACCCGAGCCCUGAAGUUGUCUGCUGAACGGGCGAGCCACAAGCAUAUCAUUCUUUUGUUUUUCCCAUUACACAACACUAUACCACUAUACCUCCUCCGUCCACAAACAUGUUUUUUGAACUGUAACUAUAUGAAUAUGAAGAACGUAGAUUAAUCCUAUAUAUCCUUCACCCAUAUCCCGGUGGAAGCUGAAGAAGAUUCGCCUGAAGGUGAAGUGGUUCGAGACUAUGGUUAAGUGUGUUAACAAUAUCUUCUAGUUUAGCUGGUAGUAAGAUUUUUGUUCUGCCAAUCUCCUAAAUGAUUCUUAUCUUUCUCCCAUUUUAUUAGGAUGAGAUGUAAUUAUCUACUUAGAUAAUAGAUGUACACCUUUUUUUUUUUGUUUGUUCUUUCUUAUUAUCUCUGGUAAGAUGUAUUACAUCGACAUUUAUAAUCAGUGUAACACGUUCCAAACAUUUUACUAUAUUUUGUAUUAUGAUUGAUGGACUAAAAAAUAUCUGCAGUCUUGCAUUCUUUUUCA